AUGGUCCAAAAUCUGGAGUAUCCGAAGAGGGCAUACAACACUGUAAAGCGAUACAACAACCGAGGAACAUACGAUCUCGGAGCCAUUCACUCCAUCAUCAAUACCACCUCCGUUCUCCAUGUCUCUUUCGCUCCUAGCCCUGACCAAUCAUUCCCGGCCAUUCUUCCCAUGAUCGGAGUCAUGGGCUCAUUCGAAUACCCCUCCUCCGGUGUUGACGAGCCCCUUGAUUGCUACCUCCAUGGAUACGUCAGCUCUCGGAUAAUGCGGCUGGCCCGGGAGUCUCCUAAUGGCCUUCCUAUCUGCGUUGCCGCCACCAAGGUAGAUGGACUGGUAUUGUCUCUGACACCAAACUCACAUAGCUACAACUAUCGCUCGGCAGUACUCCAAGGUUAUGCGAAACCGGUGGAAACAGAGGAGGAAAAGUUGUAUGCAAUGCAACUGAUCACCAAUAAGGUAGUCGCUGGUCGUUGGGAAAAUACCAGAGUCCCUCCCGACCAUGUAGAGAUGACGUCCACAACAAUCCUAAGAGUCAAGAUCGACGCUGGGAGUGGCAAGAUCCGGCAAGGAGGACCUCAUGAUGAGCCCAAAGACGAAAAUAAAGAUGAGAUCACCAACAAAGUCUGGACGGGAGUCGUGCCAGUGUAUGAGGCUUUGGAUGCUCCGAUCCCAAGCGCCACCAACAAAGUCAAGCAACUGCCACCAUACCUUGAUUCAUAUGUUUCGGAAACAAAUAAUGGAAAUCGCCAAGCUGCCCUGAAUGCGGCGAACGAGCCUUGA